AUGGCGCAGACGAUGGGCUACCUAGAAGAAUUUGAUAAAGAGAGGCCGGAUCCUGAGAUAAACGGCAAAAAUACCGCCUUUAUUCCAAAGAACGAACGAGUUCAAGAGCUUCGUGUCAAGGUAAAAAUUCAUGAUGAGAAAAUACAAUUUCGCCCGCCACCGGGCUCGACUCUCUGUGCUGUCUGCGCAAAUGAGGGAAAUUGUAAAGUUGUUCUGUCGAGAACAAAGAUGAUGAACACACUAGUAGAUAUGGGAAAGCCUCAAGAAUCCGUAUCCAUUUUUAACGAUUUAAUCCAAGAAGGACACAAGCCCAAUUUGAGAACCUAUAACGUGCUUGUUUGGGCUUGGUGUACUGAAAAGAAUAUGAAGGCGGCUUGGGAUUUAGUGACGGAAAUGGCGGCCUUGGGCAUGGGGCCCAAUGUCAUCACUUACAACAUGUUGGCUACGGCUUAUAUUAAGGAUGGGCAGAUGAGGGAGGCCAACGUAAUUCUGGAAAUGGCAAGGAAUAAUGUGCGUCCGAAUGAAUGGACCUGCGGCAUUAUAAUCUCAGGCUACUGCAAGGAAGGCAGAAUACAGGACGCCUUGAGAUUCGUUAACAAGAUGAAGGAUCUCGGGAUAAAGCCUAAUCUCGUCAUUUUCAAUUUGUUGAUCAAGGGGUGUCUUGACGCAUCAGGUAUUAGUGGCAUUGAUGAGGUUUUAGAUUUGAUGGCGAAAUUCGAGGUCAAACCGGACGUAAUCUCGUUCAGCACCAUCAUGAAUGCAUGGAGCGAGGCCGGCUACAUGAUCAAGUGCCGGGAGGUUUUUGAGGACAUGGUUCGGGCCGGCAUAAAGCCCAAUGUCCAUGCAUACAGCAUCCUAGCCAAGGGCUACGUGUGGGCCCAGGAGCUCGAGAAGGCAGAGGAACUACUGGCUGCCAUGGAGAAAGCCCGUGUCGGCCCGAAUGUUGUGGUGUACACAAUUGUAAUCAGUGGAUGGUGCAACCGGGGCUUGAUGGUGUCCGCCCUUACGGUUUUUGGAAAAAUGGUCAAGAAGGGGAUUUCCCCCAAUCUAAAUACGUUUGAAACCCUAAUCCGGGGAUAUGCAAAAAACAAGCUGCCGGGGAAGGCCAAGGAAGUUCUGCAGGUUAUGGAGAAGUUUGGGGUUUGGCCCAAAAAGAGCACUUUUGGGUUGAUUUCCCAAGCUUCGUGUGGGGCCAGUCUAGCCGAUGCGGCAAACCGGAUAUUGGGCUCGUCUGGAAAUUCGGGUAUGGAUCAGGAAAUGCAUGAAGAUGGCCUAGAGAGAUAUUACAAGAAGAAAGGGGUGAAAACUCGUGAUGAGAAAAUACAAUUUCACCCGCCACUGGGCUCGACUCUCUGUGCUGUCUGCGCAAAUGAGGGAAAUUGUAAAGUUGUUCUGUCGAGAACAAAGAUGAUGAACACACUAGUAGUUAUGGGAAAACCUCAAGAAUCCGUAUCCAUUUUUAACAAUUUAAUUCAAGGACACAAGCCCAAUCUGAUAACCUACAACGUGCUUGUUCGGGCUUGGUGUACCGAAAAGAAUAUGAAGGCGGCUUGGGAUUUAGUGUCGGAAAUGGCGGCCUCGGGCGUGGGGCCCGAUGCCAUCACUUAA